GGGAGGGGGAGGGGCAAGGGAGGGGUGGGGGAGGGGCAGGGGCGUCUCCCUUCCCCCCCCCAUCGCCCCCCGUCCCUUCCCGACCCCCCCCAAAGGUGGUUCCGCCCCCUCCGAGCAGCGCCGGGACAGAGAGGCUGCGGAUCCAGCCCCCCCAUGAAGGGAGAGCCCCCCCCCAGCAGCACCUUGAGCGUGGGCCAGGCCCGGAAAAUGGUGGAGCAGCUCAAGAUCGAGGCCUCCCUGUGUCGGGUCAAGGUGUCCAAGGCGGCGGCGGAGCUGCUCAGUUACUGCGAGGCCCACGCGUGCGAGGACCCCCUGCUGACCCCCGUGCCCACCUCGGAGAACCCCUUCCGGGAGAAGAAAUUCUUCUGUGCCCUCCUUUAGGACCCCCCCCCCCCCCC